GGUCUGUACUGGGACCAGUCCUAUUCAGUGGGAGUUAACAUUCAGUUAAGACAAAUUCGUAAAGGUUUAGAAGGUCCCUGGCUUGGAUAGCCAUAUCCUAACGGUUAUAAUUAUAGUUACUGAGCAGGAUAGAGGAGAUAUAAUAAUGAAUUUCCUUUGGUUUAAGCUUAGUGAUUACAAUUGGAUAAGAUUGUUAAGACUUAUAUUGAUUUAUGAUUGUUUUCUUUGUUAUAGACCAAUAAAAUUAAAUGGGUCCAAUAACUGGAAUGACUCCAGAUAAGAAAUCUGAAGUGGCUGGAACAGAAAAGGCUGCAAAAUUAAAACAGAUUAACAGAACUGGAAGCUUGCCUGAAGCAGUUGAUGUUGCUAGAUCAAAGGCCACAGUAGUGGAGAGCAAAUCGGCAGAUGAUGAGCUCACAAAUUUGAACUGGCUUCAUGAAAGUACUAAUCUUCUAACAAACUUCAGCCUUGGAAGUGAGGGUCUUCCAAUUGUUAAUCCUUUAUAUGACAUUGCGAGUGAUAACGUACCAUCCUUCUCACCAUCCUGCUACCAGAAUCUGGAAAAAAAAUCAGCCACUUCCAAACCUCCUUAUUCCUUUAGCCUUCUCAUUUACAUGGCUAUUGAGCAUUCUCCUAAUAAAAGUUUGCUAGUCAAAGAAAUCUACAGCUGGAUUCUGGAGCACUUUCCAUACUUUGCCACAGCACCCACAGGGUGGAAGAACUCUAUUCGCCACAAUCUUUCCUUGAAUAAAUGUUUCCAAAAGGUAGAGAGAAGCCAUGAGAAGGUGAAUGGAAAAGGUUCAUUAUGGUGCAUUGAUCCGGAAUAUAAGCCAAAUCUUAUACAAGCUCUGAAAAAGCAACCUUUUCCUUCAGCAUUUGCAUUUUAUACCCCACCAGUACCACCAACAAGUAGGUCAUCCUGUCCUCAUUAUUUAACCUCUGUACUUAAGCAGAAUCAUGGCCAGUCUCUCAAAGAAUCUGAUAUUGAUGCUGCUGCUACAAUGAUGCUGUUAAAUACUUCCAUUGAACAAGGAAUUUUAGACUGUGAGAUGGCCCAACCUCUUAAGAGGCCCAACAAGAGGAGUUAUGGCAGUGCAUUUAAUCAUCACAGUUCCAUACAUCUGCAAGAAAAUGAUUCUGCAGCCACUAAUAUUGACCCAAAGGAGGAUCACAAUUACAGCGCUAUCAGCAUGGCUUCACAACGUUGUGCAUCUAGGUCCAGUGUGUCUUCCUUGUCCUCUGUUGAUGAGCUAUAUGAAUUUAUCUCCAAGACCAGCCAUGCAGGAAGUGAUGGCAGUGAAGGAUUUCAUAGUGAAGUGGAUACAGACAUUGACUAUGAGGAUGAUCCUCUUGGAGACAGUGGUUAUGCAUCACAACCUUGUGUAGAUACCUUUGACAAAAGUCAGCCUAGCAAGGAAGCACUCAAGGAAUUGUGUCAAGAAAUUGAUGAGGAGCUGAAAGAGGCAGCUGGGUCUUUGCUCCACCUUGCUGGCAUCAGCACAUGUUUGGGUUCUCUAAUAAGUACUGCAAGGACCCAAAGUCAAAAGCAGCAGAAAAAAUAGUAAUGUUUGUUAGUGUGAAUAUAUUCCUAUAUUUUUUUUAAGGGUGGCAAUACAAUACUCUUCUACUUUUACCCUUCACAAGGAAGAUCAAAGCCAUAAGAGGACUUGCUUGUUUUUUAUAUUUAUGCUAAAUUAUAGUUUAGCCUUUUAUUUGUAAUUGUUGCUUAGAUAAGGUUUUCUUUAAUCUUUUCAGAUUAGAAGAGAUGUUUGACAUGUGAAAACCUGCCUGUAUACUUUUUGAUGACCAGUGAUUUCCAGGGGGAUGCAUAAGUUCACAAAGGAGUGAAUUUCAUCCUAUAUGAGGGGAGACAGUUUCCCGCUUUCCCUCCCCAAGACACAAAUAACUUUCACUGGUGUAGCAAACACUGAGAAAUUGCCAUUUUAAGUGUGCCACUUACCAUUUUCCCCAAUUAUUGAAUACACAGCAGCAAAGAUUUUUGCUGAUGUAUUUGUUUGUCAUGUGUAAAAAAUACCUGUUAAUAAACACAAAGGUAAUGCUGUUUUAAUUCACAAAUGAAGAUUCUAGAUGGUUAAAUUGUAAAUGACUGGGUCAAGAACACUGGGCCAAGUUUACGGAAAGCAUAAUAUAAUGGUUUCCUUAAAGAUUAGAAAAACAGAGUUAAUGACAUUAAUUUCUAAAUACACUAUAUGCAUUUUAAUAUCUGCUACUUUGGUCUCAGGCUACUGAUUACUGAGCUUUGGCUUCACCAUGUCUAUACCAUUUUAGCCUCCUUUGAAGUACAGUGUAUGUCGAACAGCAUGGCAUUCUCAGGGCAUACACCAUGAAUCAUGGUGCUCUCUUCAUAUUUGAUGGUGAAGUUCCUUAAAAUUCAUCAUGUUUGCAGUAAUAAUAAUCUUUAUAACCCAGACAUCCUGCAGACAAGAAUGUUAUUUAUAGUAAUCAAGUGUAAUGGAUAUUUUAAAAAAGCUCAAUGUUGAUUGCUUAGAUCUUAAUGCAGAUGGUGGCAAUAUUUUAGGAUUUUGUGCAAAAGGAAGGGUCUGACACAUUAGAAUAACUUUAACUGCACUGUAAGUAUAAGAAUGCCUUAAGUAGGUUCCAGCAUAGCAUAAAACUUAACAGAGGUCAUUUUGCCUGUAUUUGAGAAGCAGUGUGAUGUGCCAUUAGUCUGAUUAGCUCAUAUGUUAAACUGCUGCUUCUAAGUGUUGGACAAGAUGGCUUAGAAUUAGAAUCAUAUACUGUAUUCCCAUAAAUGAAACCCUGUCCAGGUUUUGGUUGCUGGCUCCAACAAAAAGAAAUGAAGUUAAAUUGCUACUAGUGGGAUAACGUUUUUCUGGCUAUUUGGAUACAAGGCUCUUGGAGUUUGGUGUUUUCUUAUUUGUCGAUUUCUUCAGUAUCCUGCUCGUAUAAUUAUCCCUUCCAUGUUCAGUAUUCAUACAGCAAUGUUGCUGAAUUCCCAUUGUUUUAAGGUUCUUCUUCAGUGCCUGUUGAGGAUAAUGGAGAUAAUCCUAUUGACUUAAUGGGCUUUGGAUCAGGCCCCAAGAUAUUCAAUCAUCCAAUGGCUUUAAGGGGGCUACACUUCUAGUUUUAAGCAUAAAAGUUUUUAAAAAAGAGAGAAAUCUGUAUCUCUGGCACUGUGAUUGAGUGUAUACACCAAACAGUCCAGCUCUACUGAGGAAAAAAUGGUAUACCCCAGUGUGCUCCAUUUUGCAUCUCAUCUGCAUCUCUCUUAGAUAUCCUAAGCAGUGAAUUAGCUGGCCAUAUGAACAAAGAAACAAACAAAUGAAAAGGCUCAUUAAAUGUAAUUACAAACUGGGUAGUUCAUGGGAUUUCUUAACACUGAGUUGUAUGUGUUGAUGCUUGACACUGCUUUCAUUAGUGUUUGCCAACAUACUUGUUUUAUAGUGUUUGAUGCAAAAUGUGUUCAAUAUUUUACUUCUUGUAUAUAUUGUGUUUUAAAAUUCUGCAAGCUGCCUCGAAUAUUUUAAAUAGAGAAGCAGGGUAAAAAUAUUUUAAAUAAAUAAAUAUAGCAAUAUAAAAAUAACGAUUCAACUAAGGAGAAGUAUUAUUAAUAGCCCUUUGAAAUUUGUUUUCUGUAUCUCAAAUUAUUUAAAUUCAGUCUGAUAGAAUAAGUGUGGUAUUAAGCUCCUGCUAAAGCUAAUCACAACAUUCCUUUUAACCUUAAAGGAAGCUAGACCAUGCCCUAAAUCUGGGCUGAGCAAAAUAUGGCCUGUGGGCCAAAUCCAGCCCACCAAGCCACUGGAACCAGCCCGUGGGUGCAACAGGAGCCCUAGCCAGGCACUGUGCCUGCCCUGCCCCUGCACGCCAAUCAAAAAAGCCCUGUUUGUGAAAAGCUGUGAGCCCGGGGUGAGGAUGGGAGAGGCUUUGCGUGCUGCUUCCCCUCCCAGCACAAUCUCACAGUUCCCAUUGGCCAGACAGUGGCCAAUGGGAGCUGUCUCUUUUUAAAGAACAGACAGCAUGUGAAGUAUUCCUCCCCACUUCCCUGGGGCUUGCAGCUGUUCAGAGAUGCAUGUGGCCCUGUAGCUAGCAGUUCUGAGUGGUUUGCAGGGUAUGGAAGGCAAUGAGCCUAGCUAUAAAACCUGCUGGGCUACUGCCCAGGAAUUACCCAGGUAAGUGUCUCCCAGCCAGAGCUUCCCUCUGGCACCCCAGCCCUUCCCUCUCCCCAACCCUCUGCCCCCUGUCCCACAUCUCAGCCCUCUGCCUCCCACCCCAUAACCCCUUCCAGACCCACAACUCCAAUUCCCUCUCCUAAGUCACAACCCCCUCUAGUCCUAGGUCAUAUCCCAAACCCCUGAACUCUCUCCUGCACCACAGUCCCUGCUCCAAAUCACAACCACCUCGUUCACCCAGUUCCCUCCCAGAUCCACACCCUCUUCUGCACUUCAAACCCUUGCCCCAAGCUCCUUCUGCACCCAACCUCCAUCCCACACCCCAUACUUCCAUUAAUAUCAUGGAAAAGUGCGGUCCUUGACCACAUACCAAAUUCUUGAAGUAGCCACCUAUCAAAAAUUAUUGCCCACUCUUACCCUAAAUAUUCACAUGCAGGAAAUUGUAUUCAUACCCAUCUUCUUGCUGUUAAGAAUGUUAAUCUGUUCAAAUCUUAUUCUUCAUUUCCUAACAAAAUAUUUUUUUUCAGAAAAUAAAAAGACUCCAUGCUAAGUAGGGGCCCGACUUCCACUUUUACACUGGAAUCAGUUAUGCUACUUAGCAUGAGUGAGGGUGUCAGAAGUGGGAGAUCAGUUUAUGUAUUUUAGUCUCCAGAUGAAAACCCAGUGCAAUAAAAUCAUUCUGUAAUUAACAAAAAGCUAGGAGUGCUAUUUAUACCUUUUACAUAAAGCCUAAAUGAACAAACUGGGAGAUAAUAGGGGAUGGGAAUCCUCCUUUCUGGGCAAGUGGUAGCAGGCACAGGACACUAUAUUACCGGUUUGCACCCGUUUCUACAGUCUGUGUGGUACUGCCCUGAAGGUUAAAGGCGAAUGGAUCUGUCCUCACUUGUCUCACCUGUGUUCCAGUAUUAAUUUUAUUGCUCUGUUCCAGCAGACAGAAGGGCUAUAGGGCCCUCCUGCAAUCUCUUGCUUCUCAGAUCUCAACAUCUCCAGCUGUAGGGCAUGUGAAUGUCACCCUAACUGUUCAAUUAGAUAGUUUCAUAACCUUUCAUUUAUACACCUUGCGGUCUGAGGGGGAGACUAUGUUGUAUAUAGUAUGCAUUGAAGAGUGUUUAAACUGCUUUUUCAGUGACAUUAUGUAAAGAGUUAUACCAAACAGUCAGUUUAACUAUAUUAUAGCAGCUAUUAAAAGGGUAGAAAAAGUGUUAACGUCACUUGCAAUUCUUAAUUAAAAUGAAGAAGUGUAUAAGACCUGUUAAAUACUGAUGUGAUGACUGUAACAAUAUCAGUGUUUCAUAUUCCAGUACUAAAUUAUUGGUUCAGUGAAAAUCAUAGCAUAUGCAACUGUAUAAACGGAAGUUUAACAAAAAUGGUUAAAGCAAUGGUGUAGUCAAAAUAUUUAUUGAAAGAGUAUUUUAAACAUUGCACCUGACAUUAUUUUAAAGCACAGUCUUCACAUAUAACUGCCAAUGCCAUUACCGAUACUGUAUUAUAAAUGUACAUUUCUUCUAGUUUGAAGAAAUUAAAAAGUGUAUAAUUUAAAGUAUUAUGUUGCCAUCAUUGUAACUAUAAUUUAUUCAGAAAUGAAAUUGUAAGAAUGUUUUCCUGAUCAAAGUAACUGGAGUUGUAGGUCUUGGGUUUAUUUAGAAUAACUCUGCCAAUAGAUGACCAAACUCUGUUCCGUCCUUUACACAUUUUAAAGACAAUUUAGAUGUUUAGUUUUUUGUAUGCUAACCUCUGUUAAUUAAAAUGUUUAUAAAGUUUAUUUUUACCAAAGAGAUGCAUUGCAAUAUGAUGAAACAUUGCAGAAUAAACUUUUUUAUAACA